AAAAUUAACAAAGCUGUCAAGUUUGUCCAGUUUGUUUCACGAGAAACACUUUCUCUUACACCCAUUGCACCCAUUUCGAAUCAUCAUUCCACCAAUAAUUCUCUCUAUCUUCAUUCAUUGAGAGCUAUUUACCCAAAACUACGCGCUUAUACCACCCUCCAUCUCUUACUGCAUAUCGCGAAACUUUCUUCCCAGCCAGUGGUGAACUGCCAAAGAAACGAAACCCAACAUGUCGAACCAAUUUAUUGGGCUUACCAUGUUGGUGACGUUAAGUUCUCCACCUGGUGCACAAUUGCGAGGUAUCGUCAGUAGUAUCGAACCGGGUAAAAGCUUGACUUUACGAGAAGUUACAUGCCCAUCUAAUGGCAAAUAUGUCCCUGAGUUUACAAUUAACGCGGCGGAAAUUACGGAAUUGAUUGAGGCUCGGAAUGAAAAUGUCAAGCCGCCCUCUCCGGUUAUACAACAGAAGCCAGCGGUUGUACCUGCGUCGGUUGCGAAAAAGUUUGAGGAUCCGGCGAUUCUGAGCAUGGGAAGGAGACCGGGAUCGGUAGCUUCUCCUGCAGCAUCGAUUCCAUCGUAUUCUCAAUUGGAGAGCGCUUCGAUGGAACGCGAUGGUUCAGCCCGAACUGUUGUUGGUCGUGAGAAUAGGCGCAAAGAACAGAAUACUUCAUCCACCUUGCCCGAUAGUUUGACAAGUCAGGAAAUACACGAUCAGGCGGAGCUGGAGCAUGAAGAAGCGGAGAUUUUGGAAGAACUCGAUACAGAACUAGCUGAAUUGUCGGUAGAGCCCGCUUUGACCAAAUCAGGACGACAACGAACUCGCAGGAGAAAGAACCAAGGAAAGAAGCCUGUAGAACGUGUCUUCCAGGAGCCAAUCGUUGGCCCUUCCAAAAAUGCCCCCGGAUCAAAAGGUUGGAGACAAACUCCUUUGCUGGAACCGGUCACUUCAUUUCAACCAUUUGCAACCCUGAAAAAGUCUCAAAGAAGGGGUAACAGGAAUAUGGACGAGAACGGCUGGGCUACUGAAGAAGCAACCGACGUGCAAGAGAUGGGAGAUUUUGACUUUGCUGGUAGUUUGGCAAAAUUUGACAAGAAAUCUGUUUUCAACCAAAUGCAGGCUGAGGACGCAAUAGCAGAAUCAGAUCGCUUAGUCGGACACAAUCGCUUGCCCAAGGCAAAGCCCGGAACGUAUGGGGGAAAGAAUCUUCAUCCUACCGAGAACGUUUUGGAUACGCCAAACGGUGCGACAAAGGCUCCCGAACUUUGGAAGAGUGACGCUGAUGAUACCGACAUCCAAGAAAUAAGUAGUCAAAGAGGUUCAGGGAGUGGUAGAAACUCUCGUGCACGAAGACCAGAGAAUAAAAUAGCCAACCAUCACAGACCUAUUUCACGGAAAGGAAGUACUGUUCCAAGCUCCCAACCAUCACGAAAUAUUUCAGUGGCGCCGUCAAAGCCUAUGUUGUAUCUUGUUCCUUCAGAUCGUCGAUGUGAACCUAUCUCUGCGCUACAGAUGCUUAACCUGGAGAAUAUCGCAGAUGCUGAACUUGGCCUCACCGAAGACAUGAUGACUGAGAAUGCAGGUCGUGGUAUUGCUGAAGUUGGAUUGUCGGCUGUGAACACUGGAGGUCGUGGUUUGACCCAAGGCAAGAAGUCUACAGUUCCAACGGUUAUAGUCUUCGCCGGGAACAAUAAGAGUGGACUCCGAGCUGUAGCAGCAGGUCGACAUCUCCGAAAUCACGGUCUUAACGUUGUGGUUUGCGUCCUCGGUCUUGAACGUGAUUCCGAACUUUUAGUUGGGCUUAGAUGCCAAAUCAAAGUUUUCCGCAGUUUUGGUGGUAAAGUUUUUACCAAGACUGAACUUCUUGAUUUCAUUAAAACAUCAGGCGCACCUAUCGAUCUCAUUAUAGAUGGUCUUCUUGGUCUCACAAUGUCAUUCGAAGAAUUACGAACAGGUGAUCAGGCUGCAGCUUACGAACUCAUUGAAUGGGCCAACCGAAGUAAAGCAUCGGUUCUCGCCAUUGAUGUUCCUACGGGCAUUGAUCCCACGAGUGGAAAGGUCAGUGUAAUUGAUGGACGAAAAUUAUACAUCCACGCGAGAUAUGUCGUUGCAAUGGGAGCACCUAAGAAAGGUCUAUUAGAAGCAAUGAGUAUGGGUGAGGGAGUGGGUGACGAGGAGAAAUCAGGAUUAGGAAUUACAAGUGCAAACGCGAAAGCGAGUGGGGAAUGGCAACUUUUCGUUGCGGAUAUUGGACUCGGGAUGGCGGUUUGGAAGAAAGCUGGUACGAGAGUCAGAAGAGGAGUGGAGUUUGAGGGUAGUUGGGUAUUGGGAAUGAGGUUUCAGAGCGGUGCGGUAGUUGCAUGAAUCUCGCGUCGAGAUUGAGAUUGAGGUUUAUUUCCUAGUGGGCUAAUUAUUAUAUGGUGUGCGUGGAUGGGAUGGGAUGGGAUCAAAAGCAUAAAUUUGGGAGUGGGUGUGGAAUGGGAUCAAUAGCAUUGCAAUGGCGUUCUAGUUGUUGCAUAUUUUUGGCAUUGGCUUACUGCUUGGCUAACUGGCUGGUUGGGUUGGCUUUGGAAGAUGAGAAGAUGGAAAUGAAUGAAACGAAAUGACAAGGUAGUAAUGACUUACUUGUUCUUAGAUGAGAUGAUGAUAUCAUGGAAGAGGAGAAAUGGGAAUUAGAUAUAGAUAUAGAUAUCAAUACCAGUAUCAAUAUCUUUA